AUGAUUGAGACGCCGUUCCGCCGGCCGGAGCCGGCUCCCCGUUUCUCCCCGACCGCCGGAACGCGCCUCAACAGCCGAGAGGACCGCGCGCGGCGGGGAAGACAGGUCGCCAGAGGGGAGGUCUCUGAGACGCAGAUCGUGCAGAGGCUUCGGGAGCUUGCCCCUGGGGACUUCCAGUGGGACCUCGUCAGUCUCGCUGAUAAGAUGUUCAGAGUUGAGUUUCCUUCGGUUGAGGACCUGCAGAGAUUGCUGAGUUUUGGGAUGUGUAAUGUACCGGGAACUGAUGGCAUCCUUGAGUUCCACGAGUGGAAGCUGGUGGAGCCUCAGGGUACGCCGCUUACUCAGGCGUGGUUGCGUUUCUCCGGGGCCUCAUCCAAGCCUUUGCAGGAUGCUCGGGUUGUGGCCAGCUUGGGUAUUUUGAUUGGGAAGCCUGAGCGAGUGGAUAUGGCGUUCACCAGAGCUCACGGGACUGCUCGGGUUUUGGUUAGUAUUCUGAACGUUGAGUAUGUGCCGGAAGUGGUUAAGUGGGCUUAUCGAGGCAGGAUCUAUGAUCUGGUUAUUGAGCUUGAGGAUGAGAGCCUUUUGGUUGCGGCGGCUCACGGGUCCGAUGUGGAUAUGCACGAGGGUGACGGCAGCGCAGGAGCGAUGGAGCCGCCGGUCGAGGAUUCUGGACGACAGAUGUCCAAGGGCCCGGGGUCCGAGACUGCGAUGACCGAGGAGGGAGCGGAUCCACCCUCCUCGCUGCCUGUGACGUCACUGAGAUUUGGGUCCUUCGAACCCGCUUCUGCACCCCCGAGGCUGUGGAGUGAUCGGGUUGAGUUCGACGAGGCUUUUGAGCUCGCGUUGCCUGCUUUGGGGUUUGAGGAUACAGACUGUUCUAUGCCUGUGGUUACUGAGGUUUCGUCGAUCUCGGGUAGCGGAGAGGUGGAGACACAGCCGGAUGUGGACGACAUUAAGCAGCGGUGCGCCAUGAGGGCGGCUAAGCUCCGUGACAUUGAGGUCACUACCGAGGCUGAGCGGGCCUUAGAGAUGAUUCGUAAUUUAGCGGCCGUUAAACCCAUGAGUGAUUCUGAGGUUGAUGCGUUGGGGGUCAAGGCUCUUGACAACUUUUGUGCGGAUCUUAUUCCCACCAUUCCUGAGGCGGAAGAAGAGGAUGAUUCUUCUGAGCUGGUUAUGGCUGGACCUUCUGAGACUGGUUGUGACGACCGGUUGCAGAGUCAAAAUGUCUCUAAACGCAAGUGGAAACGGAAGGUGUACCCUGUUCAAGUUUCGGGUGCGUUCGAAGGAGAUGAUGGGUUUAAUUGGGCUUUGGUUGCGGUAUAUGGUGCUGCACAGCCCGAACUCAAGCCCGAGUUUUUGGCUGAUCUUGUUAGGAUCUGCAGGUUCGAGCAGCUCCCUAUCCUGGUGGGGGGUGAUUUCAAUAUCAUUAGGAAGCGUGAGGAUAAGAAUAAUGAUAAUUUUGACGGCAGAUGGUCGUUCAUGUUUAAUACCAUCAUUGAAAGUCUUGACCUGAGAGAAAUUGAGCUCUCGGGUAGAAAAUUCACAUGGGCUAAUGCGUUGCCAAAUCCGACAUAUGAGAAGUUGGAUCGAGUGUUGGCUUCUGUUGAUUGGGAACAGAAGUUUCCGCUAGUCACAGUUCAGGCUUUGUCACGUGGAAUUUCUGAUCACACACCGUUACUCGUGGACUCUGAGUCCCUAGAUGUAAAAGCAGAAACCACGGUGCUGCCGGCCGCGGAGCUUCAUGCCAAGCUUGACGCGGAGAUGAGGCUGAAAGAACUUCUUCAAGAAGAGGAAUUGAAGUGGGCGUCGCGGGCCAAGGUCCGGCGAGUAGUCCAGGGGGAUGCGAACACCCAAUUCUUUCAUAUGAUUGCUAAUGGUAAACAUAGAAAGAAGAGGAUCUUUCAGCUUGAGCAAGAUGAAGGAGCAAUCUUAGGACAGGAAAACCUAAAGUUGUAUAUCACAGAGUAUUACAAGCAGUUAUUUGGUCCUCCAGAGGAUAACUAUGUGUCUCUGGAUGAGUCCUGGGUUGAGGAUGUUCCUCAACUCACUGAGGUGGAGAAUGAUAUUCUUGCGGCUCCUUUUUCUGAGAAAGAGGUUUUUGAGGCCAUUUCGCAAAUGAAAAAUAACAAGGCGCCGGGACCCGAUGGUUUUCCUGCCGAGUUUUAUAAGAAGUGCUGGCAUAUUAUUAAAGGGGAUCUGUUGCCCAUGUUCAAUGAUCUCUUUUCUGGGCAGCUUCAGCUUUUUCAGCUGAAUUUUGGAACGAUAACCCUUCUUCCUAAGAAAACAGAGGCUGUGAGAAUUGAGCAAUUCAGGCCCAUCUGUCUUCUUAAUGUAAGUUUCAAAAUCUUUACCAAGGUCGGGACUAAUAGGCUCACACAGAUUGCGCAUGCUGUGGUGCAGCCUACCCAAUCUGCUUUCAUGCCGGACAGGAACAUCCUUGAGGGGGUUGUGGUCCUUCAUGAAACGCUCCAUGAGAUCCACACGAAAAAGUUGGAUGGGGUUGUUUUCAAAGUGGAUUUCGAGAAAGCGUACGACAAGGUCAAAUGGCCCUUCCUGCAACAGGCUUUACGCAUGAAGGGUUUUGAUGAAGCUUGGCGGCGCCAGGUAGAAUCCUUCACGCAAAAAGGGAGUGUUGGAAUUAAAGUGAAUGACGAUAUAGGUCAUUAUUUCCAGACACACAAAGGCCUGAGACAAGGUGAUCCCAUGUCUCCCAUCUUGUUCAACAUUGUGGUUGACAUGUUGGCAAUUCUCAUAGGUAGGGCAAAGGAGACCGGCCAGGUGGGUGGCUUGGUGCCCCACCUAGUCGAUGGGGGUAUAUCCAUUUUACAGUACGCUGAUGAUACAAUUAUCUUCAUGGAGCAUGACUUGGCAAAGGCGAGAAAUAUGAAGCUGCUGCUAUGCUUAUUCGAACAAUUGUCAGGAUUAAAGAUUAACUUUCAUAAAAGCGAGCUGUUCUGCUUUGGUAGAGCCAAGGAGGAACAAGAGGCUUAUAGGCAAUUGUUUGGAUGUGAAUUAGGGGCCUUACCUUUUACUUACCUUGGUAUACCCAUUCACCAUCGCAAGCUCUCAAACAAAGAGUGGAAAUGCAUCGAGGAUCGGUUUGAGAAGAAACUUAGUUGCUGGAAGGGCAAACUUAUGUCUUAUGGAGGCCGAUUGAUCCUUAUCAAUUCGGUGCUCACGAGUAUGCCGAUGUUCCUACUAUCUUUCUUUGAAGUUCCAGUUGGGGUUAGGAAAAGGCUGGACUUCUACCGAUCAAGAUUUUUUUGGCAGAGUGAGGAACUAAAGAGAAAGUACCGACUAGCCAAGUGGGAUGUAAUCUGUAGACCAAAGGACCAAGGGGGUCUGGGUAUUGAGAAUCUUGAGGUCAAGAACAGAUGCCUUCUCAGUAAGUGGCUGUAUAAGUUAUCUGUUGAGACUGACGCAACUUGGGCGCAGAUUCUCCGUAACAAGUAUCUGCAGUCCAAAACUUUGUCUCAGGUGACAGUGAGGCCAACUGAUUCGCCAUUUUGGAAGGGUCUUAUGAGAGUUAAGACAGCCUUCUUUAAUAGAACAAAGUUUAUUGUCGGUGAUGGCAACAAUACCCGUUUCUGGGAGGAUACUUGGCCUGGUGAUACGCCACUGGCCCUCCAGUACCCGUCCCUAUACCGUAUUGUUCAACGACGUGAAGCGUUAGUUGCAACGAUUAUGCAGUCCAUUCCCCUUAAUAUCCAGUUUCGGAGGGUGCUUGUUGGUGAUCGAUGGGAAGCUUGGCUCCAUUUGGUGAGUAGACUGAUGGAGGUUCAGUUAGCUCAUCAGCCCGAUCAGUUGUGUUGGAAAAUUACUAGGUCUGGAGAAUUUACGGUCAAGUCGAUGUACAUCGACGUCAUUAACUCCAGUGUCAUUCCUAGUUCCAAAUAUGUUUGGAAAGUAAAAGUUCCUUUGAAGAUCAAAGUGUUUAUGUGGUUUGUACAUAAACAAGUCAUUUUAACAAAGGACAACUUGGUUAAGCGCAAUUGGACACAGGAUCUACUAGGUGUAGUUUCUGUGAUCGGGACGAGACCAUUAAGCACCUCUUCUUUGAGUGCCCGCUGGCAAGAGUUUUGUGGCGCACCGUGCAAAUUGCCUUUAACAUCACUCCUCCGAAUUCGGUGGGUACAUUAUUUGGAACGUGGCUUGACGGGAUUGAGCCCGACACAGCUAGACAUAUUCGUGUAG